AUGCUGCUCCAGCUGGCCAUGCUGGCCCUUGGCCUCGUGGCCCUCGGCUGCCGGGCUGUCCCCUUGCAGCCCAAGGCGCUGGUGACUUUCCCGGGAGAACUUUCCAGCCCCCUCAGCGAAGAACAGUUGGCAGAGCAUUACCUGGAGCGCUACGGCUACAUCUCCAAGAAGGCGAGAAGCGGCAAGCAGGUGUCCCUGAGCAAGGCCCUCCUGCAGAUGCAGAAACAACUGGGCCUGAACGAAACGGGCCAGCUGGACCAGAGCACCCUGGAGGCCAUGAAGACCCCCCGCUGCGGGGUGCCCGACGUGGGCAACUUCCAGACCUUCGAGGGCGACCUCAAGUGGGACCACAACGACAUCACAUACCGGGUGCUGAAUCACUCCCCAGACCUCGACGCUGAUGUCAUCGACGACGCCUUUGUUCGCGCCUUUAAGGUCUGGAGUGACGUGUCCCCACUCACCUUCACCCAGAUCUACAGUGGUGAAGCGGACAUCAUGAUCCUCUUUGGGUCCGAUGACCACGGCGAUCCCUACCCCUUCGAUGGCAAGGAUGGACUCCUGGCCCAUGCAUACCCACCAGGAGAAGGUGUGCAGGGCGAUGCCCAUUUUGACGAUGAUGAGUUCUGGACAUUGGGGACAGGAGUAGUUGUCAAGACCAGAUUUGGCAAUGCCAAUGGGGCCGUGUGCCAGUUUCCUUUCAAGUUUGAUGGGCGCUCUUACUCAAGCUGCACCAGUGAAGGCCGUUCCGAUGGGCUGCUCUGGUGUUCCACAACGUCGGACUACGACAAGGACAAGAAGUAUGGCUUCUGCCCCAGUGAACUCCUCUUCACCUAUGGUGGCAACAGUGAUGGUGACAAGUGUGUCUUCCCCUUCAUAUUUGAUGGAGAAUCCUACGAUGCUUGCACGAAGGAGGGCCGUUCUGAUGGGUACCGCUGGUGCGCCACCACCGCCAACUUCGACAAAGACAAGAAAUAUGGAUUCUGUCCAAACCGAGACACAGCUGUGAUUGGUGGUAACUCCCAAGGAGACCCCUGCGUCUUCCCCUUUGUAUUCCUGGAAGAGACAUAUAAUUCCUGCACCAGCGAUGGCCGUGGGGACCGGAAGCUCUGGUGCGCCACCACCGGCAACUACGAUACCGACAAGAAGUGGGGGUUCUGCCCCGAUCAAGGGUACAGCCUCUUCCUGGUCGCGGCCCAUGAGUUUGGACAUGCUAUCGGCCUGGAGCACAGUGCCGUGCGGGACGCCCUCAUGUACCCCAUGUACAGCUACAUAGAAGACUUCCAGCUGCAUCAGGACGACGUCGCCGGAGUGCAAUACCUCUAUGGUUCUGGAACCGGCCCUGAUCCAUCGCCACCAACAACUACCACCCAGAGUCCUGAUGUUAGUGAUCCCACAAUUCCUACAAAGGCCACCCCUACCACCAGACCCAUCACCACUACCACAGACAGCGUGCCCGUGGACCCCACCAGUGAUGCCUGCAAAGUGAAGGCGUUUGAUGCUAUUACUGAGAUCCAGGGCCAGCUCCACUUCUUCAAGGAUGGACAAUAUUGGAAAGCAUCAUCAGCUCGGCCAGGGGCCAUUAAGGGUCCGGUGCAGAUCACAGACACCUGGCCUGCGCUCCCUGCUGUCAUCGACUCUGCAUUUGAAGACCUGGUGACAAAGAAAAUCUUCUUCUUUUCUGGUCGCCGAUUCUGGGUAUACACCGGCACCACCGUUCUGGGACCCCGUGGACUUGAGAAGAUGGGGAUUGGAAAAGACGUUGAGAAGAUUGUGGGCUCUCUGCAGCGUGGACGCG